AUCUCACUCGCCAAACUACACUGUAUUACUAUUGCACCGUCUUUGAGGCAGGUCUACCAGCUCCUUAGCCUCGAAACAAUACCUGUAUCCACUUAAUACUGCUGGUCAUGCCUGAAGCUGUUUUCAGCGUCAAAAACUUGACGUACACCAUACCCAAUGAGAAGGAACCGCUCUUCCACGACGUCAGUUUCGAAGUGAAUAAAGGAGACGUUGUUAUCAUUCGGGGACCUAGCGGAUGCGGGAAAACGACCCUGUUGAAAUGUUUGUCCCAUCUAAAUGUGUACAGUGGGAGGAUUUCCCUGUUCGGAAAGACACCUAAGCAGUAUGGCGUCCCAAGCUACCGAACCAAGGUCUGCUACGUUCCUCAAAGACCAUCCAUGUUGCCUGGUACACCGAUGGGGUUCCUCAAAACGGUUCAUACUUUCAAGUCACGUCAGGCAUACCACACUAGUGAACAAGACGCUAUCGAGAGCGCAUUGAAGUUGAGUGAACACUGGAAUAUUACAUCCGACUUGUGGGACAAGGACUGGACGGGUUUGAGCGGUGGAGAGGCUCAGCGUAUCGCCCUUGCAGUGGCAGUAUCGCUUCCGGGCGCCGUGGUUUUGUUGGUGGACGAACCCACUUCUGCACUUGACGAGGCAACGUCGGAGAAAGUGGAGAACAGCCUGAUCGAGCUCUGUGACCUGCCCGAGUCUUCUAUCGAAGCCCUCAUAUGGAUAACUCAUUCCGACGAGCAAGCCGAGCGUGUGGGGACAAGGACGCUUACUUUGGAAAAAGGAACGGGCACCGAAGGCGUUCAUUUGGUUUCUGCUUAG